CGGUGACGCUUUCUUUUCCAAAAUGGCAGCUGUGUGAGGGAAAGAAGCGGCACUCGCUUACAAAAAACCACAAAUGGCGGCGAGCGAAGGAUUGAGCAACCCCGCCGAGGCGACGGCAAUGGAGACCGACAGCAUAGGCUUCGUAUUGCCCGGAUUUGAGGACGCAGAUGCCUUCGUGAAGCAUGCCCUGGGCUCCGUGGUCUCUGCCACCAAGGCUUCCAAUGGCCUCCCACAGCCGGGAGACGAAUACGAUUUCUACCGCAGCUUCCCUGGCUUCCAGGCCUAUUGCGAGACGCAAGGAGACCGGCUACUCCAAUGCAUGAGCAAAGUGAUGCAGUAUCACGGCUGCCGCAGUCAUCUCCGGGACCGAAGCACCGUGACGGAGCUGGAGGACAAGUUCGACCUGCUGGUGGACGCCAACGACGCCAUUUUGGAACGCGUGGGCAUGCUCUUGGACGAAGCUGCGGGCGUGAACAAAAACCAGCAGCCAGUCCUCCCUUUGGGUUUGCAACCUCCCAAGACUAUCGUUUCAAGCUGGAACCGCAAGCAGAGCAGCGAGGCCAGCAAGCGGUCCAGGCCAGAAACCUUCCGCCUCCUCCACGCCAGGAACAUCCUGCGCCCGCAGCUCAGGUUCCGGGAGAAAGUGGACAACUCCAACACCCCCUUCGUCCCCAAGCUUUUCAUCAAACCCAACGCCAUGAAGCCACUGCCGGAAGUUCUUUCGAAAAGCAGAAGGGAAAGGCAGGAGCGGCCCGAGGACCUGGACGUCCCUGCUGCUUUGGCCGACUUCCUUCACCAACAAAGGACCCAACAAACCGAGCAGGACAUGUUCGCUCACCCAUACCAGUACGAACUGGAACACUUUUCUGUGCCAGAGGAGUUUCUUGGAAAACCGCAUAUCCAGAUGUUCAGACCGGUGUCCGAAACUCCCUGCCACUUCAUUUCCACUUUGGACGAGUUGGUGGAGCUGAGCGAGAAGCUGCGGACCUGCAAGGAGUUCGCCUUGGAUUUGGAGCACCAUUCCUAUCGGAGUUUCCUGGGCUUGACAUGCCUCGUGCAGAUCUCCACCCGGACUGAGGAUUUCAUCCUCGACGCUCUGGAGCUGCGUGGUGACUUGUACGUCUUAAACGAGACCUUCACCGACCCUGCCAUCAUCAAGGUCCUCCACGGGGCUGAUUCAGACGUGGAAUGGCUCCAGAGGGACUUCGGCCUGUACUUGGUGAACGUCUUCGACACCCACCAAGCGGCCCGGCAGCUCAGCCUCGGACGGCAUUCGCUGGACCAUCUACUCAAGCUGUAUUGCAACGUGGACGCCAACAAGCAGUACCAGCUGGCCGACUGGAGGAUAAGGCCGUUACCAGAGGAGAUGCUCAACUACGCCCGCGAUGACACUCACUAUUUGCUGUACAUCUAUGACCGGGUCCGAACGGAGCUCUGGGAGCGGGGCAACGAGCUGCCGGCGCAGCUCCAAGUGGUUUGGCAACGGAGCAGAGACAUUUGCCUGAAGAAAUACCUGAAGCCCAUAUUCACCGAAAACUCCUACCUGGAGCUCUACCGCAAGCAGAAGAAGCACCUCAACACCCAGCAAAUGACGGCCUUCAAGUUGCUCUUUGCCUGGAGGGAUAAGAUGGCGCGCCAAGAGGAUGAGAGCACCGGGUACGUGCUUCCAAACCACAUGCUGCUGAAGAUAUCCGAGGAGCUUCCCAAGGAGCCACAGGGGAUCAUUGCGUGUUGCAACCCGGUUCCACCUCUGGUCCGGCAGCAGAUCAACGAGAUGCACCUCCUGAUCCAGCAGGCCAGAGAGAUGCCGCUCUUAAAGUCCGAAGUCGCUGUCACUGCAAAAAGGAGAGGGCCUCUGCGUCAAGCCGAGAAGCCCGAGAAUCACUUGUUUGGGCCCCAUGACAGCUCCCACCUUCCUCCGGACGAGAAAAUGGAGCGCUCAGAUCAAACACCCGGACCAACCCUAGAGCGUUCGAGGCUCUUUUCGGAAACCAAGGAGGACCGUUCGCCACAACCGUCCUGCCUUCUUUUGAAAGCCAGCAUCAGCAUCUUUAAUGAACCGGAAGGGAGCAAAGCGGAGGAUGAAGAUUUAACCAUCGCGCAACAAAAAGCCCAGCGCAUCAUGGAGUCCUUUGAAAACCCAUUCCGAAUGUAUUUGCCUCUGGAAGAGAAUGCCGCUCACGUCUCACAGGCGGCAAAAUCAGACCCGUCGUCAAAAAUCUAUGAAAUCAGCAACCGGUGGAAGCUGCAGAGCCAGGCCCAGCUUCAGGCGGCAGCAAAGAGGAGGUCCGCAAAGAGGAAACUUCAGCAGACGGCCCCGCCGGCUGCAACAUCACACACCGGAAAGGAAAGGAAAGCCGAAGCUGCGGGUGUCUCUGUGCGGGAGAUGGUUGCGAUGGAGCAAAAGAAGGAAGUGACAAGAAGUGAUGCCGAGACAGAGCGACCCAGAGAAGAGGCAAAAAAGGCCAAAGUGUCCCAUCAGACGAUGGAAAGAGACGAGGAGAAGGAGCCGCCCAAGCCCUUCACACCCUUCGACUACAGCAAGUCCGACCUCAAGAUGUUCGCAGGGAAAGGCAAGACAAAGCCCUCGUCGCAGUUCGAUCCUGCCAAACAGGCCUAUGCCGGCAAGAAGGGAGCCAGCAAAGCCCAGCAGCCGCCCGGAAUAAGGAGCAUGUCCUUCACAGCAGGGAAAUCCAACAGGGGUUUCCGCCACAACUGGCCCAGAAGAUAAUGCUGUUUACACGAUCGACUUGGAAGAAUCAAGAAGCUACUUUCUUUUAAUCGAAGGGGAUGCCAUUUUUGUGUACAGAUACAAGUUUGGUUUCGUUGUUUUGGUUUUUUUUAAAGAAAAAAUACAAAUUAAAUAUCUUUUAUUCCCCCUUUUAA